AUGGCACAGAAACGACAGUUCUCGCUAGAGGCCUCUAAGAUGCUAAAACGGAAAAGCUCUGAGAUCUUCAGAACCUUGCCCAAAGUGCCCACAACGCAGUAUUUGGAACCCGCAGAACUGACGCGGGACAUUUUGUACAGUGGGUACCGGCCUGUGGGUUAUCCUGUGCGAGAGAACCCGCUUUUCAAAGAGGCAGGCUGGAAACAACAUCCCAAACGGCUUCGAAACGAUUCCAGCGAGAUGGAGCGCUCAGCUCGUGGAAAUAUCGAACACAACGCGAUGGCCGGGCCACAUGGCAACGGCGGCAUUGGUUCCGGCGGCGUCAAUGGCACCUGGCGUUAUAACCCGCGCAUACCCUCUAAACUGCUGCCUUUCAAUCUUUGGUCCAGCAGCAGCAUGGCCAUGGAAUACCAUUCGGAGUGGAUAGCGGUGCCGCGAACCGUGGUGAACAAACUCAGGCCGUUUGAUGUGCCGCCCAUACCCGUCGCACCAGAGAUUCAAACUGGCAUUGCAAAUGGGAGCACAAUCGCCACUACAAAAUCAUCCGCGCCAUCGCCGAAUACCUUGCAAUUGCAACCACGACUCUCACCUGCCCGUAAAAGAUCCAAAUCUACUGAUCGGAUCACUGCCGACAAGAAACUUUCUAAACAGGUGGAUCAGUUUAUCAGCUAUCUGCGGGAAAAGGAUAGAGGGUAA